CAAAGCGGUGACAUGAGCUGCAGCAGCGUAGUUGCUGGUGUUGGCCGUGUUAGGGGCAAAGAGCUCCUAGUGUUUGUAGUUGAAGGCAGCGGUGGCGGCGGUAACAGUGACGCCGGUCGAACAGAGUACACUGCGCCGCGCUUGUUGGGGACCGCUUGGCAUACAAGCAUCAAAACCAGCCAGUACACAACAACAAAAGCAAUUACAAGCAAACCAAACGACAAAACGACCGACCGACCGAGUAACUGGUAGGCAGGCUAAAAUCAUCAUUGCCGCGUCAUGCCACCACACAGCUAACCAUUUCAACGACGACGCGUCGGCGAUGACGACGAGUACGGCGGCAAAACAAAAACAUGUACAGCAACGAAAGCGCGAACGAUGUUUUGUGACGACGGACGACUAGCAGCAACGCCACAACGUCAGUUGAUUCGGCAUAACAUGAAGACUCACGCUAGGUAUACACAUACAUAUUUAUGUACAUAUGUACGUAUUUGCACUCGCGUGUAUGUACGACUAUUCAUCUGUAUGUACAUACGAAGGUGCGCGUUUUGUUGCUGCCUUUGCUAUUGAUGUUGUUUUUUCCUAUUGUUUUUGCGCGCUGCUUUGUUGGUAUGUUCGUAAGUAGAUUUUGUGUUUUUUUUUUUGUUCGCUGCUCCCCUCGUUCGCUUAAUGUAGUUGUUUUUGUGAUACUCCUUGUUAUUCUUGCUGUUGGGUUUUGAAGCAGUGCUGCGUUUCUCCCACUUUUUUUUCUUUUUACUUCUGUUAUUUUCCAAGCGCUAUUGACGCACGCCUCACCCGUUACCGCUUGGCUGGGUUUUUGUUCGCCCCGUAGCGCGAUACGGCGACAGCAGUAGCACAGCGGAGAGCAAAGAAGGGGGAAGGGUAAUAUGCGCAGCAACAUCGAAAGCGGCAACGAUGGCGGCAGCGGUAGCAGUGUGAGGAUGGCGACGCUACAGCCGCAGAUUGACAGGCUACACCAAACGGUAAUGGCGGACGGGGUCCAACACCAAAUGUAUACACACACGCGCUUGUGUAGGCGCAGUAGUGGGACGUGCGGUAUUCGAUGCACAAAACAGCAAAACAGUGAAAAGCAGUACAAUCAGGCCACCGCGCACACACGCCGCCACAUACAAGCAUCACGAUGGCAUGGUUUGUCGACUGCUAAAAAGAGCUAUCAUCCAAGCAACGACACUAUACAGACCGUAUGUGCAUACAUAUGUAUGUAUAUACAUAUGCACAUUGGAAUGGCAUAGUGGAGCCAUUGACUGACUGACGACAGCAGCACAAUACAGCAAAGUACAGGCACUGCCGGUUGUCAGCGUCACGCAGAGAGGUGAAGUGUGCGCACAAACGUGAACGCUGGCGUGCGCGCUACGUUGAUGGUAUGCCGUACUAUGCUGCGCUGUGCCGUGUCGAGCCAAUAUGGGGACUGCGGUGAAGCGACUGCAAAUCGGUCGGUCGUCGAGACGAAAGAAAGCGGUGUGUAAGGAUUUUUCAGUGUAUUUGUGGGCGCUUGUGUACAGCGAAUAUCAUAUGAGACAACGGAGUUAAGAGAUUGAAAUACCUAAGAAGAGGCGGCUGCAUGGAUGGGGCAGAAGAUUUGAAAUCGUAGUACAGCAGCGGACAGCGACAAGAACUACGCUCAGAUCGAUGGAUGGAUGGAUGGAUGUAUGGCCGUGGUGGUGAUGGCAAUGGCAAUAAGCAGGCGACGAGCACUCUGAAUGUCGUGUUGGCGUUGGCUGUAGCUACCAACGCAGCAAAUCCAAAAACAAAACGAACAGGCAUACCUAAAAGAGGCGAAUGAGUAGCGAACGGCAAGGCAACUAAAUGAAAUAGGGCACGGUCGGGCGGCGACGACAACGACGACGAGUUUUUGUGUUUAGAGCGCUCGCAAUAAUGCUGAUAAGUGAGGACAGAAGGGUAGAAGGUAAGAGCGGCAACGAACGACAUCGUUAAAGCUGGACAACCGCACAUAAGGUAAGCGACGACAUCCAUGUUAUGGAGGAUAGCAGGCGAAAAGUGAAAAAUAAAUGAAAUGAAAAGAAAAAAACAACCCAAAGUAUGAACAAAAACAACAAAGCAAAAAACAGUAACUGGCGACUAAAAAUAACACGCAUAUAACGCAGCUCAACGUAGAAGAUAAUCACAGUAGCACAGGAUAGCGGCGGUGGCUUCAAGGCCCAACCACUCGAUGAUAAAAGUGCACAUGGGCAGCGGUAUUACCAAGGCAAUGGCGGACUUGGCGUACACAACACGAGGAUCUCUAACAAAUUGACAAACAGGGAGCCGCCUGAGCGCCCAGCCCAAAAUUUUAAGAAUCAUAAUUGAGCUUUCAUAUAAAUUCUGCAAUCAGGAGUUAAAAUUUGUGCGACUGCGCGCUACCGCACUACAGCGCGAGCAAACGAUCUGCAACUCAAAAAUAAAGCAUAGAUCGAGAUCAGAUCGGUUGUCCGGACGGUCGGCCGGCUGUAGAAAGUGAAACGAAAUGUGAAGCAAAUGGAGGUCUUAAACAGAUAUUGACGGGCUACUGAUCUUAUUUAAAUAUAACAUCCUCAAUAUAUGCACAAAAGCGGUAGUAAGACAAACAUUAACCUUUGUUAACAAUUUCAAAUUCAUGGCGAUUUGAUUGUGGAUCUAUCAGCUAGCAGGCCGUGUUGCAGAUAGCGUUCAAUACUGGCAUUUGCUGAUGGGGACGAUGGACUGCUGUUUGUUUGCACCGCAGCCAAGUGGAGACAAUAACAAAAUAACAGCUAAGCCGACAUAGUGGAAAACUCCAGUGUUUAGCUGUGUGCAGAAAAUCAGCGCACUGCCCGACGUGCUUGACCAAACAUACACACACACGCACAUAUGUGCAUACGUACGAACGUACGUCGGUGGCAACAACAGCAGCAGUAGCAGCAGCCAUCGUCAUCGCCAAUGUUACAAGCAUUGCCUUCGCCGUGGCAGCAUUAAAAGUUGCCUAUCCUCCUUGCUCGCCUGCCUGCCUGCCUGCUGGCUGGCUGACUGUUUUCACGACUUGUAAUGACGACGACGACGACGACGAAUCUACAGUGAGUGUAAUCAGCAGUCGUUUGGUCGGUCGAUUGGAGGGUCGCUUGGUUGGCCGGAUUGCUAUGUGCUUGCUGGUCGGUCGGUCGGCCGGCAGUAGGAAGCGAAAGGCGCGCGCAUACUGCUAAAGCAAAACUAUAUGCGCGUAAGAAUGCGCCGCUACUAUUCCAACAGCUACUUGCCUGCGCCUGUUUACCCGCUUUCCACUUCCACCGACAUACUACCGGGCUAUUGUUGCUGGCGCUGCUGGUGAUGACGCUAGCGCUGGCGCUGCAGCUGCGACCGAUGGUAAUGGGAAUGGUAAUGGUGUGGCUGUGGCUGUUGGUGUUGCUGGCGGCCGCCUUUUUGUCGUCACACUGGCAUCAUCGUUGCUUUUGUACUGCAUUGCGCUGUUGUUGCUCCGACUAGCUGCCUGCCUUCUGCUGUCACUGUCGCUGUCGCUGCCGCCGCCGCUGCUGCUGUUGUUUUUGUUUGUUACUUUUUUUGUGUGUUCACUGUUCACUGUGCCGUCUGUGUCUCUACACUGCUCGUGUCUGUCGAACCGUUGCGCGGUGGUUGUACGUGCGCUCAGCUCAUUCAAGUGUCCAACUUUUGUCGGAGCGGUCGCAUCGGUACGGAUAAAUUCACACAACGUUCAGCAGCAGUCAGUCCGCUGAUUGCCAAGUGCGGUACAAUAAACGGGAGCGCCUGGUGAUACAUAUAUUUAUUAUCUGUGUAUGCGUCCAAACGAAAAUGGAAGAAUCUACGCGACAGCUAUACCAAAUAUUUGCGCUCUUUUCGCGUCGGCACCAAAACAUCGAAGAAAUAUCAGUAUUGGGCUCAUGCCGAUCAUAUGGACUUUCUAAAACCUUAUCAGGGACCCGGCAGAGUUUUGGCACGUGUCCAUACUUACAGACAUUCGAACGGCAACUCGAAUAGCAGCAAUAGUCACAAAGCCAAUGAAGAUACCGAGGAUACAGAGUGUGAUUUCGGUUUUCAAGUACUAACCAAAGCUGCUACUAAUUCUUCUUCGGAGGACGAUUUAAAAUUUAAUGCCGCAUCUACAAUGCCAGCCAGCACAACAGCCCCACCAACGCCAGCACCAGCACCGGCAGCGGCUACUAUGGUCACCAUUCCACCGGCAAGUGUAUGUAGUACAAUCGCAAAUACCACAGUAACUGCCGUGCCAUCGACUCCCAAUCCCAAUCCAACACCCGCACAUUUUCAAGCUUCAGCUGCUGUUGUUUCAGUACCUGCAGCAUCUGCGGCUUUCUCGCCCAACAAUUCGGCAGCUAUUAAUUGUAUUGCUCCCAGCAAUAGCAUUGCUGUCACUGCUGCUUCCGUUGCUGCUCUAACUAAUUGUAUUGGUGCACCGGCGGUUAAUGCAACCGCAGCUGGCGCACUUGUAUUGCCGGUACCAUCCCUACCAACUGUACAAUUGCCGCCGGUACAACCUCUGAGCAAACCACUUUUGGGUCCCAUUUCGACUAUGGGUCCCACAAAUAUGCCGCCGGCACAAAUAUUUCCGUUGCCGCCAUUGGCAAAUGUACCAAAACCCACGGCGUUGAUGCCGACGAGCAGCGCGGCCAGUAGCGUCGGUUGCCUCAUUAUCGAGCCACAGUUAUUUGCUUCGGCAGACACAUUUAAGAAGGAGCUAAGUGCUCCCACAAUUGGUCUAUUCCAUAACAUAACAUCACCUGCAACGACCACGGCCAGUUCAACACGUGUCAAUCCGCCGCUCAUAUCCAAGAUACGUCGUGUACAGCCAUCCCCACAAACGGCAGCCAUUAAUUUGAGUUUCAGCGCAAUGCAGCCCUCUACGAAUAACAACAGUACCGUUAAUAACAGCAAUAAUAAUAACGGCAGCCAGCCGCCACCAGCAAAGACACGUAAAACGAGUGACCGUGCAGAAGUUGAUAUCUCAGCUAUAUUGCAGGCAAAUCGCGACUUGGAUGCCAACACGUUAUUUUUCCUUAGCCUUGCACGCAUGGUGCGCGCCAUGCCAACCAAAUUCCAGUCGCUCGCAAAAAUGAGAUGCAUGCGUAUAGUCAGCGACAUAGAGUUGGAACUGGAAAAUGUAAACGAAUGCGGGGGUAUGCCAUCAAAUGAUGAUUCGCACGCCGGUAAAUUUUGCAGCAUAGAUUCUUCGCCCUCCCCACCAGAUGGUGCUACCAUUAUACCGAGUAACCCGGUCACCGAUGGAGGACCAACAGAACACUUUGUUUAUGUAAUGUCGCCAUCGCGUGUUGAGAGCAUGAUUGAUAUUUCAUCCGAUGAAGAUGGUACCAUGAAUGGUAAUUAGUUGGGUACAAAUUAGCAUCUCAAAAAAUAAUGUAGUAAAAUGUAAAUAUUUAAUGAAAGAUACUCAGAAUAAAUUUUAAGGUAAUUUUUAAACAAUAUAAAUGAUUUCUUUAUA